GCUGCGAUGCUGCUCAAGCUCAGUCUCCAGCGUGAUGGUAUUUGGAAGUGGGACUCUAGGGCGGUUGUGAGAUCAGAAGGGUGGAGCUCACAGGAAUGGGGUUAGUGUCCUUAGAUCUUGCUCUGGGGCACUGAGGCGGCAGAAAGAAGGCAGCUGUUCACAAGCCAGGAAGUGGCCCUUAGAAACACCAGCUCCUCUGUACCUUGGUCUUUAACUCCCAGCCUGGAUCUGUGGUGUAUUUGUUACAGCAGCCCAAGCUAAGACACCUGCCUUUAUUCAAAACAAAACUAAAGGCACCACUUCAUAUCCUCCAUGUGCAUUAUUCCAUCUGUGCCAGGCUCCAGUCUAGGAAACCAACCCACCCAGAUCGCACAGCCCCAGCGGCAGCUGUCACUCACAGGCCGGGAGUGAAACAACCUUCUGGAAGUCUCUCUGCUGCUGACACAGCUGGGCCUGGAAUGGACAGGCCCCGUCCGGCCUGGGCGCCUCACCCCAGCCAGUUUCUCUCCAGGCGGGAGAGGGGCUGUGAGCCUCAGUUAAACAGUGAAGACCCCGGCGGCCUGCACGGGCAUCUCUUCAGGGCAGCCAUCCGACCUUUUGAGGGGAAGCUUACAACAACCCUCCAUCCUCUCCCCAGAAACCUGCAGCUCCGACACCCCCAACCCCAGCCCGUCCACCGGUGGCCUGGAUCCGGAACAGGCAAUCAACUGUCCGCCUCCCCCCUGCCUACGGAGGAAAGUGUGGGUAGGGCAGGGAGGGGCGGUGAGUCAGGACCUAGUUGCUGCAGGGACAAAGGUUGGGAGGGUGGGACUCCUCCGAAUUCCUGGGGCUACAGGUUGGGCGCUCCUCCUCCUCCCUGCGGGCACUGCCCGCUCCUCCGACCCACCUUCACUCGCCACCAUGGAGUUCAACCUGGCAACAGCCCUGGACUCUAAUUCCAAGAAGCCAGCGGGGACAGGCCAGGUGAGAGACCCCUGGCACGGUCCCUCCAAGGCUCAGUGCCCGCCAGAGGCGGGGGCACCUCGGAAACCAAGGCAUGGCAAUGGCAGCUCCUCAGACUCCAGCAGCAGCAGCAGCAGCAGCUCCUCCAGCGACUCAGAUGCGGAGGGGAAGUGCCACGCUGCGGGCGCCAAGCAGCACGAAGCCACCCCGGGCCAGGCCAAGAAGCUCAAAGUGAAGAAGAAAAAGGAGGAGAAGAAGGACAAGAAGGAGAAGAAGGAAAAGAAGGAGAAGGGCAAUAAGUCCCCUCACUGAUUAAACCCUCCCGAUGGUGGC